GACGCGAUUUCCUUAGCCGUCUCCGCGCCAGAAUAUCUGACAUCUGUUCAGCCGAGAGCAAGGUAGUACUAGAAGGAUUGGAUCUUACUUCUCAUCGAGUCAGCGCCUGGAUGCGAAGCGUCGCUACCAGCUUCAGCCUUCAAGUUGCAGGCUUCCUUCAGGCUUGGGCGGCCUGAAAGUUUCAAGGGUGGGGCGUCCCUGCAUAAUGCUGCCAAGUCGCAUAGCAAAUGCGAAAGUUCCUCACCUGUCAAGAUAAUGUGAUCAACGCAAGCAGAACCAGACUCGAGACGGUGUUUGUUUCCAUGCCCAAGGUGCUUGACGAAGGAUUGUAACCCGAUUGUAAGUGAUCGGCGGGACAAGGUUACAAACCUGGCCCGAUCAGCACAAAAAUAAGGAAAGUUUGGCAUCUGGCUCCUCAUGAGUAGCACAUGGAAAAGGACCAGCAGCAUAUAGAAAACUCAUUUCUUCGACAUGACUUGCUCAACAAUUCGUCCCUAAGCUCAGAUGCUAGCAGCUUUGCACCAAACAGCCAUAACGUCCACAGCCUUCAGACACAAUGAAGCGCACAGAGAGCUUCAACAAGGAUUCGCCGGGCAGCAAACCGAGGGGGCCCAGCAUUUUCCAGGAAACGACUAGCAAGCGGCCCCAUUCAGCGAGGCAGAAUGGGGCCAGCGUGCAGAGUCCACCAAAGGAUGGCUCCGCAACCGCAAGGAGGAGUUCCAAGGGGGAUGAAGUUCCCAAAGCAAAGAAAGAAGAGCAGCUCGCCGGACGCGUCCGCGUCGUGGUCCGGCUGCGGCCUCGGACGGCGGACGAGACAAAAGGCGACAAAGACUUCGCGGACGUCGUAUUCAUGGAACCAGAGAUCAAGCGGGUGACACUCAAGAAGAACCACUGGGAAACCGACUCGUACUUUUAUGACACCGUUCUACCGGACCAUGCAAGCCAGAAGAAGGUGUAUGAGACCGUCACGCAGCCGGUUGUCGAGAGCGUUCUGCAAGGCUACAACGGGACAGUGCUUGCGUACGGCCAGACGGGAACCGGAAAGACGCACACGCUCGCGAACAUCGGCCUGGAGGACAAGAGUGCGCGGGGCAUGAUGGUGCGGGCAGUGGAGGACCUCUUCGAGAAGGCAGUAGCUGACACCGAGUAUAACACGAGCAUCAAGCUGAGCUAUGUACAGAUGUACAUGGAGAUGGUGCAAGACUUGCUAAGACCCGAGAAUGCGAACAUCACCCUCUACGAAGACCCGGACACCAAAGAGGUGACGAUGCCCGGCGUGGAGGAAGUGAUGCUGGACAACCUGGACCACUGCAUCAGCAUCAUGGAGGUUGCCAGCAAGAGCAGGGUCGUGGCUAAUCAGAAGAUGAACGCCAGCUCUAGUCGCAGUCACGCCCUCAUGAUCCUGACGGUGCUGCGGCAGCCGAAGGACGCGGACAAAGGGGAGAACAUUGUGCUGCUCCGACGCGGAAAGCUCUACCUGGCGGAUCUGGCUGGGUCUGAAAGAAUCAACAAAUCAGGUAGCGCUGGCCACAUGGCCGACGAAGCGAAGAGCAUCAACCUAUCGCUGACCACGCUCGGCAAGUGCAUCAACUGCCUAACCGAACCAAACCCGGGGCACAUCCCCUACCGAGAGUCCAAGCUAACCCGAUUGCUCAAGGAUUCGUUUGGAGGUUCCGCGCGCACGUCAUUGAUCAUCACGAUCGGCCCCAACCCGGAGCACUUCCAGGAGACCCUGAGCACCCUACAGUUCGGACAGCGCGCGCUGAAAGUGCAAAACAAUCUCAAGAUUCAAGAGGACCUUGACUACCGGCUCCUUUCGAAACGGCAACAGGCGGAGCUCGAUAAGCUGACGGCGGCGGUCGAGCGGCUCGAGGGGUACAGUCUCAAGCUGGAAACCAGCCUGGCGCAGUCUAACGAGACGGUCACCACGCUGACUCAGACCCAGGCCGAGGAGCGCGCGCAUUUUGAGGUGACCGUGUCACGGCUCGAGAAAGAGGCGGCCGAGACGCUCGAAGCGGAGACGAGCAGGCUGCACAAGGAGUACAAGCACAAGCUGGCGGAGUCCGCUGCUCGAACGGAAGAGCUUCAAGCGGAACUGGACACGGCAGUGCGGAAAGGGCAGGAGGAUUUGAAGCGGGAGCGCACGCGCGCGGCCGACGAGCUGGCGCGCGCGCAGUCGGAGGCCGCCGCGCGCUUCGCGGAUACGCAGGCGGCCGCGGCCGCGGCGCUGGCGGAGGCCAAGAGUUCCGCUGCCGCCGUCCUGGAGCAAGCCACCCGCUCAGCGGAACAGCGGAUGGAGGCAAUCAGCGCGCGGGCCGAUGAGUUGGCAGACGAACUACGCGCUGUAACGCAGAAGCGGAGAGAGGAGGCUGCGUUUGCGCUCAAAGAAGAGAAGGAGCUGGAAAGACGGAUCGAGGAUGAGAAGACCGCCCAUGAACAGACGCGACGCGAGCUGGCCGACUCAGAGGAGCGGUGCAAGAAGUUGAACGCGUCUCUGGCUGAAACGAAGUCGAGCUUCUGGGGCAAGUCUGAAAAGAAGGACGCCGCGGCUGCCCCGCCGGUAGAAGAACCCGGCCGGAUCGCGGAGCUGAACGCCCUAGUCACCGAGCAAAAAGCGUCCCUCGGGACGCAGUCCAAGGAGGUCGAGCAGCUGAAGCUCCAGCUGGCCAUGACCACCAAGCUCUUUGAGCAAGUCGGCGUGGGCAACCUGCUGGUGCUCCUCAAGUCGGACGACGUCGACAUCUGCAGGACCUCUACAAAGGCCCUCGCCAACUUGGCGGCUCAAGAGAGUCACCAACAAGAGAUCGUCCGGUUGGGCGGCCUCCGGGCGCUCUUCGACCUUAUCACUCGAACUACGGACGAGACGACGCACCGGCUGGCGGCCGGCGCGAUCGCGAACCUCGCCAUGAGCGAGCCCAAUCAACUACGGAUAGUCGAGGAGGGCGGUUUGCCGGUCCUGGUUAACCUGGGUCAAACCGCCGUCGACCCACAAACCCAGCGGAUGGUGGCCGGCGCGAUCGCCAACCUUUGCGGAAACCUGGCGCUGAAGGAGCAGCUGGUGCAGUCGGGCGGCAUGCGGACGUUCGUCUCCAUGGCCGCGAGCAAGCACCCGGACGUCCUGGCGCAGGUGGCCCGGGGCAUCGCCAACUUCGUGGUCAAAUACGAUAAGGCGGACCAGUUUCUCGACGAGGGCGGCCUGCGCUGCCUGGUCGAGAUGGCGGGAUCUCCCAGCCUUCCCGUCAAGAAGCACGCGGGGCUCGCGCUCUACAGCCUCGCGCAAAGAGAGUCGAACGCGGCGCGGCUGCUCCAAGCGGGGGCGGUCGACCCGGUGGUCGCGAUGAAGCGGUGCGACCGCGACGGCAUCCAGCGCAUGGCCGAGAAAACGCUGGCCUGCCUCGUCAAGUUCAACGGUUCUGCGAAGGUGUUGAUUGAGGUUGCGGAGGCCAAGGCAAGCCCAGUCAGCUGAUUGGGCUUUCUAGAACGGUAGGAUAGCAUGCUAGUGGACUUGUUUCCAAGUGUGGACGUCUGCUUAUUCGUAUCACCGAGUCUGCCGUGAGGAAGAGACACCCCGGACUGGGUUCAAGGGACUCUCGUGAUCAACAGAGGUUUAGGACAGGCGUAGUAUACAGAUAGACCACGGAGACCUGUAAUGUUCUCUCAAUGGAGCUCAAUAAGUGUGGUCGCAUCCCCUGACACAAGUAAUAUUUGGACUAAAAGCUGGCCGCAUUCAGUUCCCAGAUCAAGCCUGUGUCCAUCGGGGGCGUUUGACCGGCCUCCGAUCCGACGAGCGCAUGGCUUGAAUGAGAGUGGAUCUCUAUAUCUAGUCGAGAGCUCUCAGUCUGCUUUAUCCUACCGAACCCUUGGAUUUUGAACCAUCACAGUUAUAUACUUGAAACCAGUGGCAGGAUGAAUUGUCUGCUGCUUGCAGUGUCUGGGGAUAUUCUGCCG